CUAACAUCAUAAUAAUAUUACUCACAGUCAAAAAUCGCGCCACUCCGUACAGCGAUUGGUAGACCUGCGCCAGCUCUCAGCUGUAGCAACACCGCCAUUGUGCCUCGUCAGCACGGAGUAGAGGGAGAGAAAAAGAGACAGAGCGUGAGCGAGAGAGAAAGAGAGUCCGGCGCAGCGAGUCGAUGAGAGAGCGUAUAUAGCGAGAAGAGUCAUCAUCAGACGUCUAUUUUUCAGCCGGAGACAAACAAAUAAGUGGAGAAAAACAUUAAACCGACUUAUACCGUGACUCCAGAGCCUCUUCCUUGCUGUCGCUCCGGACCACGGGAUCGAGCUAAAUCGGCUCUAUUCUCCACGUCGAGUGGACCUCUAAUCUUAUUCCUUUUGUAAGACCUUCACCUGGAUCAACCAUGGCGAACAGCCCACUCUAACACUAAUAGCAAACAAAUAAUUGUAAAAUCGAUUGAAAACCCGAGGUAAGCUCGUACCUUCGUCAAAGUCAACGAGACAAGCAAUAAGAGACAGCAAGGAUGUCGACCAGAGCAAUCACACUAUUGUCAGUUGGAAGACGUGGCGUAGGCCGCAGGAUUUUCCAUCAGAAUCUCGACUGCAGUAAACGCAUCAUCAGCUCUAGGAGUUUGCACAUUUGCGCUCGUCCUAACAUUGCCGCCAACAGAAGCUUUGCCGCGUGUACCUCUAGGCUGCUGCAACUACGACUUUCGUCGGGUGGAAAGGCCAACUGCUACUCUACAUACUUACCAAGCCAGCUGAAGAUCGAGACGAACGUCUGCAGCCCGGACUACGAUGGCAUUGUGCUGGUUUCGGGAACGCCCCCGGGUAGCGAGGAACCCGAGCCUUUCAAGUCCGUGCUAUUCUGCGCGGCUCAGAUCGACUCGGGCCUCUUUGAACUCGGCGCUGUGCUGCCGAUCAAUUUGCCGGCCAAGCGGCUGAUCUACAGCCCUACCGGAUCUAUCAACCCAGACUACGACGACGUCAGGGUCUUCAAGGAGGCCGCCGUCAAGGGUAUCAAGAGAGCCCUGCAAGCCGGCGUUCGCAACCCCCUGUUGGUGCUGCUGCCCGACUCGCGCUUUGAGAACACCGAGCUGGUUACGCUGUUGGGUGCCCUCGAGGCUCUUUACGUGCCUCUGGAGGUGCGGGAAAUCGGAUCCGAGCGAACCCACAAGGCUGCCCAACUGGCCGUCUGGAGUCCCAUAUGCAGCAAGAAGCUCCAGGGCGUAGUGAAACUCGCCGGUGCUCUGGAAAGCGGAAGAUACGUCGCCCGCGACAUCGGUGGCUCGGACCCCGAGCGCAUGGCCCCGCCCCGCGUCGAGGAGUACGUCAGGGAGCUGUUCGCCAACACCCGCAUCAACGUCCAGGUGAUCUCGGACCUGCCGACUCUGGAGAAGGAGUAUCCACUGUUCGCCGCGGUGAACCGAGGAGCCUCGGUGAUUCCGAGACACGCCGGUAGGAUCAUCUUCCUCACCUACGAGCCCCAAGACCCGAGCUGCGUCCUCGAGACCGUCAUGCUCGUCGGCAAGGGCGUCACCUUCGACACUGGCGGUAACGACAUCAAGGUCAGCCACGGCAUGGUCGGCAUGAGCCGCGACAAGUGCGGUGCUGCUGCCUCCGUCGGUUUCAUGCAGACGGUGAACCUUCUGCAGCCACCGACCGUCAAGGUUGUUGCCGCGAUCGGUGUCGUUCGCAACAGCUGCGGCGAGAACGCCUACGUCGCGGACGAAGUGGUCACCGCUCGAUCGGGUGCCCGAGUCCGCGUCAACAACACCGACGCCGAGGGCCGUUUCGUCAUGGCCGACAUCCUCUACCACGUGAAGGAGAUGGCCAUGGUCUCCGUCAACCCGCACAUCUUCACCAUCGCCACCCUCACCGGUCACGCCAUGAGAACUGCCGGAGACGGCUUCUCGAUAGCCAUGGACAACUCGGUCGCCAGGUCCGUGUCCAAUGCCUACAAGCUCCAAGCUUGCGGCGACGUAGUGGGCGACAUGUUCGAGGUGUCGAUCAUCCGCAGAGAAGACUUCGAUCUGCACAAGGGCAAGAUGGAGGGCGACGAUAUUAUUCAAUCCGGACAGAAGAGCAGCGCCGCCACCAACAGAGGACACCAAGGCCCCUGCGCCUUCCUCAUCAUGGCUUCCGGGCUGGACAAGCACGGCCUGUGCAGCGACGCGCCUCUCAAGUACACGCACGUCGACAUGGCUGGACAGUCCGGUUUAGGCCUGAAUUUCUACGACGGCAGCCCACUGCUAGGCCUCGCCUACUGCUACCUCGUACAGGGCAAGUGCCUCACCAUCUACACGUGUCCGCCUGGUUGCGAGCUUGUCAGCGAGCUUGACUGUAAGCCCGUUGUAGCGGCGCCUUCGAGACUCUGUGCGCUUAGAUCGGCUGGGAGCGUCCAGGAGAGCUUGACCGGGAAGAUGGUACAGCUGGUCUGCAGCGAGGAGGACGCCGGGGUCGAGGCGGAGUGCGCGAGGAGCAGCAUGUCCUGCAGGAUGUAGGAAGCGUUUUGGUUCACGAAGUUCUAGUUUGAAUUCUUGCGCUUAUUUGAUUUACAGUUGAAUAUAACAAAAAGGAUUCGUCAAGUUGGAUAGUUAAAAAUCUGAAUCACAAGACAGGUCGAAAAAAAGAAAAGGAUGCACGAUCGCAUACCGAAAUAAAUUCGCGCUAUAAUCGA